AUGCUUUGUCAAGACUAUGCAAAGAAACCAUACUUUCCACACUUGUCGGAUACCACUGAAAUUUUGAGUUGGAUUAAUAGAAAGCAUAGAUUAUUGGAUGAAUUUUUAAGCUAUCAUGCUGAUAUUAUUUGUUUACAAGAAGUUGAUAGAUAUGGUGAUCAUUGGAGGGAAAGAUUAUUAAAGAAUGGAUAUGAAUCAACUUAUACUCAAAGAACAGGUGGUAAACCUGAUGGUUGUGCCACAUUUUGGAAGAGUGAAAAGUUUGAAACAAGACAAAUUACGAAAAAUAGUGAAUUGGAAACUCAUGAAAAGUGUGAUUUGAAUGGAAAUGUAGUGACCAGUUCUAAUUCAAUUUCCAAGUUUCUGACUAAUAAUGUGGCUAAUCUAACACUCCUCAAACAUAGAUCAAGUGAAAAGUUGGUUUGCGUUGUGAAUUUACACUUGUUUUGGGAUCCUUCAUUCCCUGAAGUUAAAUUAUGCCAAAUAUUUUACACUAUGAAACAGACAAAGGAUUAUCUCACUUCCCUAUCACUUGAGGAUAUUCAAAUAUUCUUUUGUGGUGAUUACAACUCAAUGCCAGAUAGUGAAGUUUAUGAAUUUUUAACAAAAGAUAGUAUUUCUCUAGUUGAGUGUGAGAAUGAUGAUGGUGAAAAAACUUUCAAACACCAAAUUACCAAUCCAUUUGGGACUGCAACGAGUUUAUACAAAGCUGUAUGUGGAGAUGAACCAACAUUCACCAAUUAUACCAAAAAUUUUAAGGGAUGUUUGGAUUAUGUGAUGGCUUGUAAUUAUCCUACCAGUGGUGAAGAAAAGGGUAUUCUUGUCAGUCGAGCAUUACAAAUACUCACAGAAGAGCAAGCAUCUGAGUUUGAAGCUCUUCCUUCGAUCAAGAAUGCCUCAGAUCACAUUUCCCAUGCAUUCGAUUUUGACAUUAUGAAACUAUAA